AUGUUGUGGAUGAGGAAUAACAUUAAACAUAACAUAGAAAAACCACCAACUGAAUCGUUGAGUGAAAAAUUUCAAGAAUAUAGGAACACGCUGUUUGUACAGCAAGCAGAAUGUUUGAGAGAGAACAGAAGGAAACAAAUUACUUCUGUGAUGGAUAAAAUUGUCGAAGGAAAAAAGCGUAAAAUAUUGGGGUUGCAGACAAACAAAAAAAGUAUGAAAAAGCCAUUAGAUAAAAAGACACAGGAAGCAUUAGACGGUAUUGAAAUUAAUACUCAAAAUUUGCUUGAGGAAGAAAUGGCUAAAUUACCUAAAUUAAGUAAAACCGAAGCUCUUGUUCAAAUACACACAGCAUAUCCAUGGUUUCAUAAAGAUGAUAUGAAAGUAGUGGAGUGGAAAUAUCCAUUUACUUCCAAUCAACGACAUAAAUAUAAAGUAUACAAAGAUCUUUGGGAAAAAGAAUAUUAUAUUACUAGUGGAGAAAAAUUUGGUGGCGACUUCUUAGUAUAUCCAGGUGAUCCAAUAAUGUUUCAUUCACAAUUUAUAAUACAGUGUAAAUGCAAAAACGAAGAAAUGUCUAUUACAGAACUUGUAGCUCAAUGUAGAAUCAGUUGUCAUGUCAGAAAGACAUUGGUGUUUGCUACAUAUUAUGAAGAAGAGGAUAGAGUAAAAUAUCAAUCGUUUCAGUGGGCGGAAAAUAAUUUAUUUGAAAAUAGUUGAUAUUUUAAUCAAAUGAGAGAGAGAGAGAGAGAGAGAGAAGUUGAAGUAAAGUAUAAUUAUUUAUAUUUUAAAUUUAAUAGACUCUUUUAAAGAGUUAUUUUCCAUGAAUAUUUCUGUAAUUUUAAUUUUAUAUCUUAUAAUUUUAACUUGUGUAUAUAAGAAAUCAAUUUUAAUUUUCUCUCUUUCUCUCUCUCUCUUUAAUUUGAAAUCUUUUAGAAACUUUUCUUUUUAUUAUACACUGAUGAAUCAUUAUAAGAAUAGUCUCAAGCAAUAUCUGAAAAUUUAAUAAUAUAUGUACUAAUGAAUUUUAAAACAAUUAAAAAACUUCUAUACACAUUUUCUCUACAUAAUAUGCAUAUUUAUAUUCUGUCAAUCAAUAGAAAUCGAUUAUGUUGUGGAUGAGGAAUA